CGACCCGGUGAUGACCUCGCGUUUGUUUUGAAGAUGAGUACUGGUAUGGAAUUCUAAUUUCACGGCUGUCGUCGCAAACAAUGCGUCUUAAGACAGGAUGCCAGAAGUUGUUUACUUAGAGAACCGGUAACCAGGUGAGCAUGAGCAAGAGAAUCUCGAGAAAAGCUUUCCUGUAGCGACAAUAGGUGUUUCAGAUAGCAUUUUCAAGCUAACAUCUUCAUCAGUCUAGUUGGUGCUCAACAGAAUCAUAAUUAAGGUUUGACUCGAGCUUUAAAAACGGUAAGUAACAAUUGAAAUAUAUUUUAAUUUUUGGUUCAGACAGACAACAUUGAUAAAUUUUACUGUAAAGCACAAACUAGCGAGUCACAGAUCCUGAAAUAAAACUCGCAAUUGUAAAAAAAUAAACGAGCAGUUAUAAUAAGACAAAUGUGCAGAUAUAAUAAAGCUUUUCCUUUUUCCCUAGAUGGUAUUUUGCACAUACUAGCCAGUAAUAGUGGCUCAAACGCGUAAUUAUAGUCUUAGAUAUUUACGCAGACUGCUAACUAGUCAGAAGAUAUUAAGGCGAAGAAAUUUACCGCGUUUUAUCACAAGUCAGAUGAUUUGGUGGACUGGAGAAAAGAAAAAAAAAUAGGAAACUCGACCUCAACACAAAAUUUUUCUCAUGUUUAGCGGCAAGGAAAGAAAUAUAAUAUUUUUGCUCAUUUCCCCAAAAUGUUUUCAUACCGAGAAAUGAUUGCAGAAGUUUCUGACUAAUUGCAAAUAACGAAUGAACAUCAUAUUCAUCAUAUUUCAACCUGUUAUUAUUGUGAUAUGAUCUGCUGUAAAUUAAACAAAUAUAACAGUUUCGCUCUUUUUCAUAUGAGGAAAAUACCCAUCAAACUUCAGUAAAAAAAAGUAAACAAAGGAUUGGAUAGCAGGAUGUGACUUAAUUAUCUUCGCGUCUCCGAGCAUCGAAACAUUUUCUAGUUUUCUCUUUUUGUUGUUAUUGAUUAGCGGACAGUCAAACGAUAUAAUUUUCAGAAAUCUUUACUUCCUACGUCUUCCCAAAAAAGUUUAAUUGUGACGAGAAACGCCCCACAAAGACAAGUUUUUUUGUUUGCUUUAGAAUCUGAUUAGUAGCCUUGCUUUGACAGAAUUUACUUUACAUGCAAAGAUCUUGUCGGUUUAGGAAAUUAAAGGUGCACCGGCGCUACAAAAAAAAAAAAGAUUCGGUGUUUUCUUUAGGGGAUUUGGCAAAACAAAAGAGUCUUCGUCUCUAGCUUCAUGGUGUUUUCACGUACGUUCCAUUACACUUGUAAAAGCUAAAGCCCCGUACAAACAGCGCCCACACCGUCUUUGGUGAUGACCAACAUAUCUUUUGACUUGGGUCAACCCGGCGUAAUGGCGCUAUUGCUGGCCGAACUGAUUUAAGAGAGACGAUAUAUUUUAGUCACUUUGUUAAUUGACAAAUGUAAAUCUCCAAUCUACAGGAUAAACAUGGCUUGUUAAGAACAAGGGACACCUCGUCGAGAACCCGCAAUGCAGCUACUUACCUUUACUGUAGCAUUCGCGCCUUUUCUAAUCGUUUCGGCGAAUGGUUGCUCGUCCUUGACGUCAAAUCAAGGCUACAAGCUGUUCGAGCAUGCCUUCUCAGUUCACAAAAUUCCCGAUGUAUUGGGCUGCCUCUACAAGUGCCAGAGAACACCACAAUGUCAAAGUAUCAACUACUUACACGACCAUAACAUUUGUGAGCUUAAUAACCGUACUAAGGAAACACGGUCCAUGCUCUUCCGUUCAGCAUACAGAUGGCUUCAUUUUGAAAACCCUAAAAGAGCUUGGCUUGGAUCCAGUCCUGUAUUGCCGGCAUUUUCCUGUAAAGAGAUCAGAGAUGGGGCAAGCGGUCACGUGAUACCACCAGACGGCGAGUACUGGGUAGAUCCCCGUACCACAGGAAAGCCAUUCAAGAUAUAUUGUGACAUGACGACUGAUGGAGGAGGGUGGACGUUAAUUGCGCAGACAACACUACAAAACAGCUCCAAGCCAAGCGGAGACCUUGUCAAAACUGACAAUUUCCGGGAUCUCAGCAACUACACAAAUAUCUACCAGCGUAUAGCUAUACCAGCUCUCGCAGAACUGCGCAGGCUCACUGGGUUCAACCAGCUCCGCUAUUACUGCCACAAGCGAGUGACAGGCCGAACCUUUCACGUGACGACUGCCUUGAAUCCCGCGGGCCUUGAAGUAGUGAGAUAUUUUACAGGGAACACAUCACAACCUCUGGCUUGUGGCUCAUACCACAGGCUACCCGAUGACGAUUCAAUACUGGCGUCUAAUUGCGCGGGCUGGGGAAAUUACGGUGUGACUGAUUGGCCUGGAAAAUGGGGAUAUCACAAGCACAAAGAGGAAUUUCGUGUUUAUAAUGAACCGAUAUUUUGGAAGACAAACUCCAGUAAGAUUUAUGUCAAUUUGAUGCCUUCGAGUCUUCUUUGUGACGAGCCUAACAAUUAUACUGAGUAUUCAGAGGGAGACACAUGGAGGCUGUAUGUACGUUAAACAGUCAGGGGUGGAUCCAGGAAUUAUGAAAGGGGAGGGCAGCGACCCAACGGAUUCGUAUCCGGCACCUGGGCAGUGGGUUUUCCACCAUGACGGCUCAUCUCCUCUCAAGUAACUGUGCAGCUAUACCACAUAGCAAAACUCUCGGCUUCCCGAUGUACUUCACCGCACAGUGUAAAAACGCUGAAACUCGAUCCUAUGGUACUGAUACUACAUAAGUAAUAAUUUAUCACAUUUUUCCCAUCUACAGCUUCGUAUGAUGAACGGCUUUCAUGUAUGAAGCGCCUAGAAAUGCCAUCCUAGCUGCCAUUUUGUUUACAAAGUACCGAAUGCGAAAAAGCAUUUAUUUCCAUCGGCUGAUUUAGGGAAGCACAAUAUUUCCGAUUUAAAACAAGGUUAUUACAUGGUUAUUUCGAGAUUUCAUCACAUAGUUUACCUAUACAAAUAUGCUACUUUAGGCUUUCAAAGAAAACUGGUAAUUUUCGUUAGCACUCAUAAUGCAUUACGUCGCUAAAUACAGUAUACUUCUUUUAAGGUUAUUUGGUGGUGUACGUCAAGUAUCUUUUAGACUAUGUUUAGAGCACAAAAAAGGUAGUCUCAAGACUCUGUGAACGAAACAUGUGUCACUCUCAAAAAGGCUUAAAAGGCCACUUCGCCCAAUUUGAACUAGACUCGAGUUAAUGGUGGACGGAAAAAGGCUCAGGUGCAGCUGUUAUUUUCUUUUAAAUACGUGUUAUACUUACACGUAGCUAAGGGGUAAUAGGAAGGUAGAAGGAUAAGAGAGGAAUUUCUUUGUCUUACCUCCACUUCAAUUAAAAGAAAAAAAAGGUUCCAUCUCUAGAAGGGUAACGUCCAGUUACCAGUAACUAUAAUAUACUGUAGUAUUCUCCAUU